AUGGGAAUUGUUGAAGUGCGCAUUAUAUCUUUCAAAGCCACCAUGCGCGUCGUCAACGCUGUGACAGGCGUCCUAGCGGCGUUUCUGAGUCGAAAGGAAUCUCAUGCACAAAUUAGUAAUGCCGAGUGGCAUGCAGGUAUCCCGUUGACGACUUGGAGUGCUAAGACUGUGCCGUCCGUGUGCGCACUCGACGUCUUCCACUUUAAGGUUCGAUUCCCCAUAUCUCAGCCCACAAACAUAUACGAACAUCAUGACCAUUUCAAGUGGCAACUGAUCCUCCAGAGAGAGAACAAGCUACAAGCUGGCACAAUUGUCGCCUCUGGGCAAUUAAGAGUCACGCAACUGAGCACGGAUGACCGGGAACUAGAAGAAGAUGAUAAGAAUUCUGAAGAACCGGAUGAAGAUGGGCUCAAAUGUGAAUUUGACUCUGACUUUUGUAUUCCAAAACUAGUUGGUAUUCGUUUGCCAAACAUCGACACCGGAAUUCCAGAAAAGACCUCGUUGCUGCAGAAUCAUACAAUUGUGCUAAAUUUCGAGCAGCCGACAAACCGCCCUGAUGCAAAAUCGAAAGUGGAUAUUGAUCGCUUUGUAACUUUUACAGAAUAUAUUGGAGACGAGCUGAAUGGCAUGUGGUCAGACGAUGGACGUGUGGUUGUGAUUCGGAUCACCCGCAUUAAUGCUAAAAAAGUGAAACCUGUCGGAGAGCUAAUGCAAGGGCUACUGCGUACAAACAUCAUUGUUGCAGGCAAGAAAGCAGGUCGAGUUGAGAACAAGACGUUUACGUAUGAAGGAUUCCAGAGCCUCCGUAUUGAGCGGUAUGGAAUUUAUACAAUUUGUAUUUUAGCUCGUAAUGAGGUGGUAUUACGAUCACCCAUGGUCACGGUCGUGCCGUGUGAUGCAUCAUAUGUUGUGCUGGAUUCGACGCGUCCCGCACAAAGAACCGAAGAUAUAGAUGGCAAAGCUAUGAGUGAUACAAGCCCAAGUUUUGCAAUUGAUGGGAUGCUGACGCAUGGAGGGGGUGAAGGGUUUGUACUUCCGCAUGCAUUAAUUCAAAUGGAAACCCCAGGCUCCUGGAGCUUAAGCUUUUGGGUCUUUUUGAUUGAAAAUUGUACAGGUGAUUUUCGAAGCUUGUUUUUUCAUGGAGAUGGUGAAAAUCAGCAACGAACGCCAUCGGCCUGGUGGAAACCGAAUGAGCGUCGGCUUGUCUUGCGGGUUAGCACAACGACCAGUGCCGACGUUGGAAUAGAUAGUGCGAGCGAACUUCCUCUUUAUGAAUGGGUUCACAUGGGAUUUACAUUUGUAAAUUGCUCUCACAGUAAUACACACGAGAAAUGUUCACUCAAAGAAAGCAGUCAAAGCUGGAAUUAUUCAUAUUCUCUUUAUAUUGAUGGAAUGCUCGAUACCCAGAUGCAUAUUCAUGAAUCAGUUGCCCCAAACACUGGUCCCUUGUACAUUGGUAAAGGACCGGGGACAGAUGGAAUGCGUGGCUUUACGAGCAGCAUAAAGGUGUUCCCAGCUCCUAUCUCACCGGAUAAACAUCGCAGGCUAUAUUUAUCAGAGAGACACCUGCACGAAAAGUACACGAACUGUGUUCAGGAUUCGUCGUUUGAAGAUGAGAUUUCAGAGCCGACAGUACAGAUAACCUAUUUAACGCAGUGCUUUCAUUAUCUUAGCAAAUUUGACAGAUAUGCGGUCAAUGGAAAUGUUGGUCUCGACAAUUCUUUUCCAGUUGCCGAUACUGCAUUGGAGGAGCUGACUACUGCUUUAGAGCUAUGCGAUUCGGUUGCUUGGGAUUUGCUAGUCGAAGCUGCAGAUAACGGGAAUCCAAAUGCAUGUCGGGAUGUCGGUCAUGCCUAUUUGUACGGAUCAACCGAAACCUUACAUCAUUGCUUCGCAUCUAUCCCCGUUAAGCAAAACUUGACCGCUUCGAGACAAUUUCUUUCUAAAGCAUUUCGUGACGGAGUAUACAGCGCUGGAAAGCCUCUAGCACUCUCACUUGCUUUAGAGAGAGAGACAGGAACCCUUGAUGGCGGCAAACUUGACUUGCUGACGACAGGGCUCAUCCAUUUCGCUGCAGCCAAUGGUGAAAAGGAUGCAUUUGCAAUGCUGGGACACCGAUAUUGCGAUUUAGAUACAGAACUGGCGACAUAUUACUAUUAUCAUGCCGCUGUCGAAGCAGCCAGGAAUUACCAUCAACAUGGAAAGCAACCAUUACAUGAAAUGACACGACUUUAUGACUCGUUUAAAAGAGACGUGACAGUGGGCGAGCGGGGUGACGACGACGAGCAUAUUCAAUUUCAAAAAUUGCGCGCUGAUAAUGGCGACGUUGAAGCGAUGGCAGCAAUGGGGGACAUUUAUUACUGGGGUGCUCACGGAAUCUCCCGUGACCAUGAGGAGGCAUUUAAGUACUAUUAUCAAGCAGCUGAAGCAGGCGAUGUCAAGUCGCAGACAGCAAUAGCUGGAAUGCUUCUCAAAGGGGAAGGAGUAGCUCAAGACAAUGUCACAGCCAUCAAGUGGUACGAAGAGGCCUCAAAAGAGAAUCACACGCGAGCGCUGAAUGGCUUGGGCUUUAUUCACUUUUACGGAAGUGGUGGCGUUGCAGAGAACAAGGCACUAGCACUUGAGUACUUUGAGCGGGCUGCAGCAAACGAAUUAGACGGUGAUAGCAUUUUUAAUGCUGGAUAUUGUCAUGCGAUGGGACAUGGUACAAGUGUCAACAUCAGCCGUGCAAUGGAAUAUUACGAUGUGGCUGCAAAAAAAUUCGGACAUUUUGAUGCCAUCUUCGAAAUGGGCAAGAUGUACUUUGAAGGGUUGACACCAAUAACACGCAACUGUACGAAGGCACUUCAAUACUUAAAAGCGGCGUCUGAUGGCGGACAAUGGGGUAACGUUGUGAGAAAAGGCUUCAAUUUGUACAUUAAUGGUGAGUUUGAGCGUGCUGUGGUUUCCUAUUAUGAAGCCCAUGAGCUUGGAUAUUCCGUAGCAAUUAGCAAUUUAGCCUUCCUUUUUGACCAGCAUCUUUUGCAGCAAGGAAGCGAGGCCAGUGAACGCCGAGCGCUAAAAUAUUUGUUGCUGACGUACAAAGCAAAUGGAGACAAAGAAGUUCUUGUGCGUAUUGGAGAUUAUCACUACUACGGACUUGCUGGGCUGAGUAGGGAUCCAGAGAUCGCUCUUCGAUGGUACAGCCGUGCUAGCGCCGCGGGUGUCGCUGUCGGAGCAUUCAAUGUCGGUCAAAUGUACGAAUUAGGCGACGGUGUCAAAACUCAUUUGAAUCGUGCUCAUCGUUAUUAUAUCCGCGCACUGGAGCUAGCAGCUGAACAAUCAGAAACUCGGUUGGCUACCCGUAUCGCGCUCGCCAGAUUAACCAUUCGAAAUUGGUUACGCAACACCUAUUUAGAAAAAAUUCUUGGCUUGAAAAGCGCACUUCACUCAAGUCAAAAAUCAAACAUGUCAGCUACAGACUCAACAAAGCCAUGUGGUGUAAGUAUCAGCCCCUUUGACGGGGAAGCAUGUGUGCUUAUCUUCACAGUAACGACUCUUUGCAUCGCGAUCGGCGUAUGGUACCUGAAGAAAUAA